AUGGGUCAAUCCUUGAUGUUCAACGAUGUUUUGAGAGGUGAAGCCCCGAAUAUCACAUAUCAAAUCAACAAUACCGUCUGCCAGAAUGGGUAUUAUCUAGCAGACGACAUCUACAUGAGGUGGACCACUUUAGUGAAAUCAAUUCCACAUCCCCAAUCCCAGAAGCAAAAAUUAUUUGAUGCCUAUCAAGAAUGUUACAUAAAAGAUGUGAAGAGGGGUGUGGCGCGUCUGUUUGAUGAGGAGGUGCUGAGAAGUAUAAUGAUGACUUGCAUCAUCCUCCAUAACAUGAUUGUGGAGGAUGAGUAUGAUUAUGAUGCUCCAGAGGUGUAUGAACCGAAUCCCAUGAACACGGCCUUGACAAGAAUUUAUGAAAAACCAUGGGGCCAAAUGGAGAACCAUUGGAGCAUAAACCGUUGGUUAGGGACGGUCGUUUCAUAA